ACCGCCCGUUCCCCCUCGCAUCCUCUGUGGUGGCCGUGGCUCCAGGAGGGCAAACGGGCUGGAGGCAUCAUCCUCAGCAUCAGCAUCAGCAUCCGCGUCCGCGGCUCGCGCGGCCUCCCGGGCCCGGGGCUCCGUCCCGGCCGGAGGAGAAAGUUCCGUGGGGGUGUGCCCGGGCGAUCCUGCCUCUGCGGACGGGAAAGGCGCAGGCCAAGGCCGCGUGCCCGUCCCCGCAAGCUUUCCCGCACCGAUUCGUAGCGCUCGGCCCCGGAGCAUGGCAUUCCCCGUGGACAUGCUAGAUAACUGCAGUCAUGAAGAAUUAGAAAGUUCUGCUGAAGAUUAUUUGUCAGAUCUUCGGUGUAGCGAUCCUGAAAAUCCUGAGUGCUUUUCUUUUCUCAACAUUACGAUUCCCAUUAGCCUGUCAAAUGUAGGCUUUGUACCUCUUUAUGGUGGCGAUCAGACCCAGAAAAUCCUCGCUCUUUUUGCACCUGAGGACUCACUCACAGCUGUGGCUCUUUACCUUGCUGAUCAGUGGUGGGCUAUUGAUGAUAUUGUGAAAACAUCUGAUCCUUCCAGAGAGGGGCUGAAGCAGGUGAGGACUCUUGGGGAGAGAGUGGUUCUGUAUGUUCUGAAUCGAAUUAUUUAUAGAAAACAGGAAAUGGAGAGAAAUGAGAUCCCAUUCCUGUGUCAUAGCAGUAACGAUUAUGCUAAAAUUCUGUGGACGAAUGGAGAGGCCAUUGGUUUUUAUUCAGUUAAGCCUACAGGAAGUAUAUGUACCUCAUUUCUUACUCAAAGCUACCAACUACCAGUUCUUGACACAAUGUUUGUAAGAAAGAAAUACCGAGGCAUAGAAUUUGGGCUUCAUAUGCUGGAGGACUUUGUUGAUUCUUUUACAGAAGAUGCACUUGGCUUACGGUAUCCACUAUCCUCUCUCAUGUACACAGCUUGCAAACAGUACUUUGAAAAAUAUCCAGGAGACCAUGAACUUCUUUGGGAAGUUGAAGGUGUUGGACACUGGUACCAGCGAAAACCAAUCAGCAGAGCAUUACAAAGAGAAACCCUUAAAACUAAAGCUGUUUCUCAGAAUGAAGCUAAAAGAUCUGUAUCUGGAAAUUAUGGACUUGCCAGUGUUCCAGAAUACGAAGCGGGAACUGAAGACAAUCAGUCUAGUGAUACGCAACUGACAAUUGGUUCUCUAAAAGAUGCCUUUGCAAGCACUCCUGAAGGUCAUGAAAAAACACCAGUUUCCACUCGUACUCGAAGUAGUCAUCUAAAGCGGCCAAAGAUUGGGAAACGGUUUCUGGAUUCAGAGUUUAAUUCUCAAGGCGAAGGUGAAAAAAAUUCCCAGACUUCACCUACAGCAAACAAAUUGGAAUCCACUACUCAUAUAUCAGAGAGCUCAGAAGAAAUCACAGAAGAAGAAUUCCAAGAGAGCAUGGUUGAAUGUGAGGAGGCAAGUGUUAAUAAAGAAGCUCUGCAAACACCAGAAACCCAGGCACCCCUGGAAAAGCAAGCAGAUGAGAAGGAGUCUGAGUUAGAACCUCUGAACGGUGAGGUCGUGGAUGACACACUAAAGACUUCACUUAUACCUGAAGAGGAAGACUCUGCUAGUGAAGUGUUAGAAGAGCUAAAAUUGCAGUCUUUAAAUUCCAAUGAAGACUCCACAAAUCUUGUUCCCUCGGUGAUAGAAUCUUCAAAACCUCCUGAGGCUCUUGCACAGGAUAAGGUUUCCCAUACAGCUGACUCAGAAACGUUGCUAGAUGAACGCCUAUCUGAAGACAAGGGACACAAUGAAGAAAAAGCGCCACUAGUCUCCAGAAAGAAAGUGCACUCGGGGGGUUCAGACAGUGUUGCUUCUGUCCCAAAUGAAGAACGAGCUGAUGGUGGCCUUCCAAGCUCCGUCACAGCUGAAUUUCCUGAGGAACCAGUCUCUGAAAACGUACCCCUGAAGACCAGCUCCUCAUUGGAAGACCAGGGUGAGGAGGCGGUGCCUGAGCCCCAGGACACACCAGCUGCCCUUCCUCAGGGUUCUUUGAUAGAGGUGGAACUUGAAGAUGUGCCAUUUUCACAGAGUGCAGGACAGAAGAGCCAGUCUGAGGAGCAGUCGGAAGCAUCUUCUGAGCAAUUGGAUCAGUUCGCACAGUCAGCAGAAAAAGCCGUGGAUAGCAGCUCAGAGGAGAUAGAAGUGGAAAUACCCAUAGUAGAUAGGCGGAAUUUAAGAAGAAAGGCGAAAGGACACAAAGGACCUGCUAAGAAGAAAGCCAAGCUGAUCUGAGUGGGAAAAUACAUACAGUAAAUCUUUGUAACAUGAUUGUUUUUAAAAAUAAUGGUAAUUAAUAAAUAGCAUGGGGCACAGGACAAAAAGUUCCAGAAUUUCAAUUGAACUUAUUUAUGAUACAGUUUUCCUCUUCCCCUAGGACCUAGGAGUCACCAUUCUUUUUUUUCAGGCUAUUUUGUGUAAAUACAAUUUUUUAAUUUUUAUUAGCCAUGUUUCAAUUUUGGGAAACCAGAUCAUACUAUAUAUUUUUUCUUCAGUAGAUAUAUAACCAUUAAUAUUUCAAAAAAUAAAAAUUUAAUAAAACCAUGGAAGUAAUAGACUUUCCAAUAAUUGUAGGGAUCAUUGAAUUCUUUUAUACUAAAGGUUUUAAUAGUAAACUUGGUGAAGGUUCUAGAUGUUUUAUCUUAAAUAUCAAAAUUAGUCUCCUUUCUAAAAAGUGUAGGCACGCCUAAGCAAAAAGUCAGGCAAGUGGAAUAAAUAUAACUUCAAUUAAUGAGAGCACAGAUUCAGAAAUUUGUGGUCAAAGGUUCAGUGAUGAUACAGUAGAUGUAGUUUCUUCCUUCAACCUCAUGUUGAAGGAAUAUGGACAAGUAAGCAUAAAAUCUUUUUCCAAUUCACUUUUUAUGUGAACAAGUAAGCAUACAAUCUACUUGCAGUUCACUCUAUUACAUCUGAGAGUACCGAGAAAGAUUUAACUCUGGCAUGUAGGCACCGAUAUGAAAAAAUUGUAUUUUCAUUGAAAAUUGUUCUAUCAUUUUUGGGUUUUUUUUGGGUGUCUGUAUUUACAGAUACAAGCUUAAAGAGUAUAUUUUUCUCCUUAAUUAGGUGAACAUUACAGUUUCAUAAUACAGUUUAACUUGGUCUUGUCUGGUUUGUAAUGAGAACAAUAAAACUGGGGCUUGCACCUUUGUUCUCACCCAAUUAACAUGAGCUUUUUAGGUGUCUGAGACCUUUUCCUAAGGCUUCUCUUUGAAACUCUCACUGCCUUUUAGAAUAUUGCAGCUUCUUUAGAUUCCAUCCACUGCCUUAACUCACGGAAAGAUUCCUGUCAAAAGAUCUGCCUACCUGCCAGCUUAUACCCUUGACAUCCAUUUUUAGGGUAGGCUUGGAACUGCCCUCCACCGUGUGAGCAGAAGUAAACCUGCUGUAGGAGCUAUAGUCAUUAAGUGCUUACAUCAGACAGGCUAUAGUUGUCCCUUUGACUUUGCUCAAUCUUGAUGUAUAAGUACUGGUUGGUUAUAAGCUAGCCUGUAUCUGUGCAUUGUUUUGCCUUAUUAAAGGCCUUUUUGCCUAAGUGGGGAAAAUGUUAUUUUUUUUUUUAAAUAGUAACUUACUUUAAAAAUGGCUAUUAGACUCCAAAGAGAAUCUCAAAUCAGAACUCCUCUUUGGAAGUAUUAUGUGUACUUAAAUUUACACUUAUGUGGAGAAUGCUUUGAGACUGUUGAGACUGUUUCAGAAACAGCUUGGUCCUUACAUGGAAAAAAAAUGUGUCAUGACUUUGUCUCAUGAUUUGAGGAGCUAAGGAUUGAUGUUCAAAGUUGACCGCUCUGUAGUCAGGUGAUGUCAUUAAAUUUGUGCAUGGGAGAGGGAUGGAUGUUGGUUAUUUAGAAACAUCUAGUUGGUUGAGUUAUAAAUCUUUAAGCAGGCAAAACAUGUAAAAUUCUGAAUACUUAUAUUCCCUUGUGUUUUUCUUAAUUAUCACUCAGGCUAUUUGGCUUAAUAUGAAAAGUGAAGCACUUUGAUCAUUUUUUCCCCCAACAACUGCAAUUAAGUGAAAUAAUAAUGACUAACUCUAGUGUGUCUAGCAAAUGUUUAUGCCAGUUUUUCUUUUCUACAUUUUGUGAGAAACUUAAUCCCAUAAUUGAAGAACCAGAGCAAGUUUUAGUAAGUCUUCGCCAUUCCAUUUUUACUUUCUUGAGGUUGGAAAAAAAGCCUAAAAUUUACUCACUAUUUACUUGAAUAGUUCUCUUUAAAAUACUUCCUAAAAAGGUGAAGUUUAAGAAUGAGCUCACUGACAAUUCCUCAUGCAUGAACACAGUUGUUGAGUUUACAAGAGAAAUGUUCAGUUAUUCUUAUAUGUGUGAUCACCAAGGACAAACAGUAUAAACUUACACUUGUUAGACUUUUUUUGGCUUGUUUUUUAGCCCUUUCAAAAUGUAUUGUUCAACACAUAACCUUUAGUUAGGUAUUCUGACAGAAAAUGCUAUCUUGGAGUUUGUAAUAUUAAAGAAAAGGUGCAUGAAGGACCAUAAUUUUCAUCUUCAAUGAGUUCCUUACUCAGUACAUAGAACAUUUGUAAAAAAACAUUCACCUCAAAAGGGAAUCUAAAAUUUAAUGAGUGUGUACAGCAUUAGAGAAACUUUCAGAACUCAAAUCUGACUUCCACCAGCUCACCUACUUGUUGAAUGUCUAGUCACAUUCUAUCCUUUGUGAACUGACUUUUUUGUUUUGAAGUCUGUGGAGAAAGUUUAUUUUAGUUUAUGUAUAUAGUAUUUUUUUCCUGUGUGUGUAAUAUAAAGCAGUUAUUAGGAAACUGUUAGUUCCUUUAAAAUGAGGAACUAAAAGUUUCUCUCAAUUAUUAGAUAUCACAGCAACAAGAAGCAUAUUUAAGAAUUUUUAAAAGCUCUUCUACAGAUUUUAAGGUGGAAGAUCUAAUAAUUUUUAAAACAAAAUCAAAUAGAAUGCCAGUUGUCUCCUUAAAAUGUGUCUCAAGGGACUGAAGAGCUAGUACUAUAGGCAAGGCGCUUGCCUUGCAUGCUGCUGAACAAGGUUCAAUCUCUGGCACCACAUACCUCCCCCAAGCAACUGCAGGAGUGAUCCCUAAGCACAGAGCCAGAAGCCCUGAGCACUGCUGGAUGUGACCUCCACUUAAAGCAAAAAUGUCUAUUCAUCGUGGCAUUUCUAAUAAGUGCAGAAAAAUAAUGUUUAACCUUUACCUUAAAUGAUUUUAGACAAAUAUCUUGGAAGUUUUUGAUUACAUCAAAUUGAGUCUUUUAUCUAAUUUUCUGCUCUUAUGUUCUGCUUCACCCUUGAGGAUUACCUCCUAAGGUUUGGUCACACCAGCAAACUGAAACAUCUUAAUGUAAAUAAAGGAUUGCCAGUAACAUUACUCAUCUGUAUUACAGUAUUUUAGAAAUUUUUGCUCUUUAUGUCCAUAAGAGCAACAUGGUGUUUAAGGCGUUACUGUUUUUCCUGAGUGUCAUUACAAAUGUGCUUCCACUUGCGUGCUUUCUUUGUACAAAACAGUAAUUUAUCAUUUUUGGUCUUAAAAAAAUAAGCAAACUUCAGUUCUGUAGUGUAACCAGUGCUUUAGUCGACUCUUCUUAACCUUUAGAAAUUUAAGUCAACCACACGUUUCUAUUAGUGGCAGAAUCAUUUGGUAAAAUCUAUUUGUAAGAAUGGUCUUCUGUCACCCUGAAUUGUAUCAUACUGGAUUGUCAUUUCCAAGGAACUAGCUUUUCUUAAGUGUCUCUGUGUUUUAAAACUUGUUUAUAGAAUUUAGGAAAGAUGUUACCGUAUUCAGAAAAGCGAGUCUUACUAAGGUAAUUUUAUUUGUUUUCUUGUUUUUUUUUUUUCUUUUGAGUUUAAAAGUAGCCAUUAAACCUAUAUUUUGUGAUUGUUUCCUGA